AUGGGGUUGAGUACUAAGCAGGUUUCCGGCGGGGAUCAUCAACCUGGGAUUAUUGAGUGGGAUAAUCCCCCGACAGGCGGGAAUACGAGGUUGGAUCUCCCGGCGGUCGUACAGCCGCCGCAAAAGGCGAUGCAGCCUUUGAAGUGUCCGAGGUGUGCUUCGGCGAAUACCAAGUUCUAUUACUACAACAACUAUAACAAGUCCCAGCCUCGACAUUUCUGCAAAGGCUGCAAGCGCCACUGGACGGAAGGGGGCACCUUGCGUAACGUCCCCGUCGGCGGCAGCCGGAAAAACAAGCGCCUCAAGACGCCGCCCAACCCUAUCGCCGCCGCCGCCGUUACGUCAGCUCCCGCCGCCACGGCUGAUCAAAAACCCGGCAAACAGAAAAACAACAACACGCCCACUAUCUUCUUCCCCGCCGACCCAGUAAUCGGCAACAACGUCGCAGCCACGGCGGCGUUCAACAUUGGCCCGUCGACGCCGAUGGUUUUACACGACGAUCAAGACACCACCGCGAAACUCUUACCCUUUUCGUUCUCCACUUACUUCGAUCCGAUUUCUUGCUCCAUUCCUUCGUUCAACACUCAAUCCUCGUUUUACGAACGUAAGCGAUGUCGUUUGGUGAAAGGCCUUGUAACCUGCACGUCCCUACUAGCGCAUUUUAGCAAAGCGUACGCGUGA